GUAAAAGAAAGCGUAGAAGAAGAAGCCUGUGGAAACAUGGCGGCGCCCAGUGCUGCACUGCGUUUAUUUCGCUCUUGUCAUGGCGUGAGAAAUGUAGAUUUUGACGCCAGGACAGUGUUACGUGGUGUCAGGCGGUUGUCUUGUAGUUUAUCAUCAGGGGAAAACACUGAUCAGGUCCAAAAAGCCCAGUUCACGGAUACUGAAGUUCAGGAGAUUUUGACGAGAAUCACAGGAUUGGAUUUGAAUAAAGUAUUUCGUCCGGUUAAACAGGAGCUUAAACCACCGAAGUAUAAACUUCUGACUGAUGCUCAGUUAAAGGAGGCAGUGAAAAAGGCAGAGGAAGAGGCCCAGAGGAUGCUGAAGAUGCCUCCAGUUUUACCAGAAAGGCAACCCAUCGAUGAUGUCCUGUGCGAGGAUAAGAUACUGGAGGGCAUGGACACAGCCAAAUACGUCUUCACAGACAUCACCUACAACAUCCCACACCGAGAGCGGUUUAUCGUGGUGAGAGAACCGAGCGGGGUGCUGCGCAAAGCAUCAUGGGAAGAAAGAGACCGGCUCAUACAGGUUUAUUUCCCCAGGGAGGGCCGCAAGCUCACAGCGCCACCUAUCUUUAAAGAAGAAAACCUCAAGGUUAUUUUUGGGGAAAACCGACACGAGGAGGUUCUGAAGUACUGCCUGGUCCAGUUUGAACCCGACUCUGCAGAUUUUAAGCGGGUACACACGCUGACCUAUGAGGACAUCGAGAAACACGGGAAAUACGAGCUCCUCAGAUCCACGUGUUUAUUCGGAGGUCUCGUGUGGCACCUCGUCAACGGCCGCAGAAUAGACGGACUGUUGCUGGACAUGCUGCAGAGAUACCGGCUGCAGGAUGCCGUGGAUCUGGUGCAGCUCUUCAAGCUGGUUCAUCCUCAGAGUGACGUGGCAUUAAAUAGCAAACAAGCCACAGGCAUCGAGCUGCUCAAGGUCUAUGCUGAUUGUGAGGCCCAGAAACCUGCCAUCAAGCUGGCUUUGCAGUCAUAUGAACAGGCGAUGGCAGCGAACUCGGCUUAAAACUGUUCCAAAGUGCAGCAUCAUGUCCGACAUCACUCUGUUAUUGUAAAAUAAAACAUUUUGUAAUACUGAAACAGCACAGAAUAGUGCAAAUUGAUUAUUGUUCUUGUGUCACACCGUGUGUUAAUAAACUUUCAGCUAUGUGAA